AUGGCCUCAGCUCGAAAUCAACUUCUUAUAACUUUAUCUGAAGCAGCAUCACAACAACUUGAACGUAUUAAAGUAGCAGAGGCUCAACUUAAACAGUGGGAAAUUGCUCCGGAAUUUUAUUCAACUUUAUUGGAUAUUAUCUUUGAUAGAUCAAUUGAUGGAAAUAUUCGAUUCUUGGGUGCAAUAUUUUUUAAGAAUGGGGUUGAUUGUUAUUGGCGAAAAUCUGCAAAAAAUACGAUUGAUCCUAUCGAAAAAUCAAUUAUAAGGGGAAGGCUUUUGUCGUUUAUGGAUGAAGAAUUUAAUCAGAUUGCCGUGUUGGUAUCCAAGAUUGCCCGGUUAGAUUUUCCAAAUGAAUGGCCGGAAUUACUUCAAAAUCUUUUGUCAAUAAUUCAUUCAACAUUGGUUUCUGCCUCAAAUCCUCAAACUGUUUUAAUUCAAAAAAGGUCAUUACUCACUUUACAUUUAGUAGUCAAAUCUUUAUGUUCGAAAACUAUUGGAGCAGAUCGAAAAAUAUUUGAACAGGUUGCUCCAGAAUUACUUCGUAACGUGGCUAGUAUUUACGUUGAACAUGUCAACCGAUUCUUUACUAUGGUAUCUUUAAAUGAUAUUGGAAUUUCUGUUGAUUUGGAAACUUCCUUGUCUGCCUUAAAAUGUAUAAGGCGUUUGACUGUUUAUGGAUUCAGAGAUAUUAGCAAAGUUGAAGAAACUAAAGCUUUCUUCGCUUUAAUUUUAGAACAUUUACAAAAGUUUCAUACAUUAAGAAACGCAUUAGAAGAAGUUAACGAGUCACCUAUAACGAAACUCGUUGAAUCACAUAUUAUCUUGAUGGGAAAAUUUUAUAUUGACAUAAUAAAAGCACACACUGUAGCAUUUAUUUUAACACCAGGAUCUGUUGAUGUCAUUAGUUUUUAUUGGAAAUUAGUUGCAACAUAUGGAAAAUCAUAUGAAAAAGAGAAAUAUUUGGUACAAGCAUUAUUAUUAAUGAAAAGUUUGAUCAGGAAAACAUCUUAUAAUCAAGAUCUCAGAGAAUCUAAGGAUCUACAAGUAAUCGAUGCAAUUCGGAUUGUUGAUGAACAAAUAUUAACACCUAGUUUUGUUGAAUCAUUUGCUGAAUUAUUAAUGACAAGUUUAAUCAGUUUAAGAAAGGAAGAUUUGAUGAUGUGGGAAGAAGAUCCAGAAGCUUCACAAACCAACAAUUUAUUACUUAAAGAUGCAGUUUAUUGUGCGAUAGGUCUUGGUGCACAUGAAUUAUAUGAUGAACUAGACUUUGAUUCAUGGCUAGUGAAUAAUUUAUUAGUGGAAAUAGCGAAUAAUGAUCCCAAUUAUAAGAUAAUACGCCGUCGAAUCGCUUGGGUUAUUGGAAGAUGGAUAUGCGUUAAAAUAUCAAAAGAGAAUAAACCUAAAGCUUAUGACGCAAUGACUUAUUUGCUAAAUCCUGAAGAAGAUUUAGUUUUCACACAUUGUCAUCAUAUGUUUAUUCUUCUUCUUGACUCCUUUUCAUUACGCGUCGAUGAAUGGGAUUUCGAUUCUGAAAGAUUUGCCACUUACUUGGAUCGAGCAGUUACGUUAUUGACCCGUUUAAUUGGUGAUGUAAAACAAUUUGAUAGUAGAAUGAAAAUUCUGAAUUGUUUAUCGCUUAUCGUUGAAAGAAUGGAGAAAUUGAUUUCUCCUUUUGCUGAAAAAAUUACCAAUUUAUUACCUCCUCUAUGGCAAGCUGCUCAAGAUGAACAUAUGUUUAGACCUGCCAUUCUUUCCAUAUUAACUAAACUUGUUCAAGCAUUGAUGAAUGAAUCAAUUAAUCUUCACGAUUUCAUAAUACCAAUUAUUCAAUAUAGCGUUAACCCCAACACUGAAGAACAUGUUUACCUUUUGGAGGACGCACUUGAUCUUUGGCUUGCCACUCUCGAAAAUUCGGUUGAGUGUACCCCCGGUUUAUUUAGUCUUGUUCCUGCUGUCAUUGGUUUAUUAGAAUGUGGUUCAGAGAAUCUUAAAAAAGUUUUGAAAAUUCUUGAAAGAGAUUUAAAACCUGAAGCAUGUCGCGCAAUUAUUCAUGUUCUUGAUGUCAUAUUUCAAACUUGUCCUUUUUCAUCCUUAGGUGAAACCAUUGUGAAUACAGGUUUAUUAUGGAAAAUAAUUAAAACAUUGCUCACUGAAAAUGAGGAAUAUAUAUAUGUACUUGUGAAUUAUAUUUCAAUACUGGCAAGAUUAGUUCUUAUUGGACCCGAUUUUAUUAUAAACUUUCUAAGUGUCGCUGGUCAACAAUAUAAUAUGCCACAACAUAACUUAUUACAUAAAGUGUUAGAAGUAUGGUUAGAAAAGUUUGACAAUAUUGGACAUCCAAAACAAAGAAAAUUAAAUGCAAUGGCAUUUGCAACAUUGAUUUCUACAACAAAUCCAAUUAUUCUAGGAUAUUUACCACAUUUUAUAGGUGUUUGGUGUGAUGUAUUAAGUGAAGUCAAGGAAUCUGAAGAUAUUUCUACCAAGGUAGGAACUGAAGAGGCUGAUGAUACACCAGAAACCAAGAGAAAGAGAGCACUUUUACAAAAAGAUCCAAUACACACCACAAACCUGAUUCAGUUCAUUCAAUUAAAACUAGCAGAAUGUGAAGCUCUUAAUGGUGGAACUCAAGAAUUUAAUCUACAUCAUAUUAGUAAAAUAGAUAAAACAUUACUAGAUCAAUUGAAUGGAUUGAUGCAAUAUUAA